GGACGUGCAGACGGUUGCCCAGAGACUGAAGUUCAGGCUGAAUCUCUACGAGCUGAAGGAAGGCAGGCAGAUCAAACCUCAGACUUUUAUGAGCAUGGUUUCCAAUCUGCUCUAUGAGAGACGGUUUGGACCUUACUACACAGAACCAGUCAUUGCCGGGCUGGACCCCGUAACACACGAACCUUUCAUCUGCUCUCUAGACCUGAUCGGCUGCCCAAUGAUAACCGAUGACUUCGUGGUCAGCGGCACCUGCUCCGAGCAGAUGUACGGCAUGUGUGAGUCCCUGUGGGAGCCCGACAUGGAACCCGAUCACCUCUUUGAAACGAUCUCGCAGGCCAUGUUGAAUGCAGUGGAUAGAGAUGCCAUAUCUGGAAUGGGCGUGGUAGUACACAUAAUUGAAAAAGACAAGAUCACCACCAGGACCCUGAAAGCCCGCAUGGACUAGCCCAGCACAUCUGCUCAUGUGUUUCACAUCCCAGUCUGCUUGGAACUUUUUUAAAUAAAACCCUCUAUUGUAGUGAA